AAGACAAAAUUGCCUUCGUGAAACGGAAAGCGCUGAUUUGUCGCCAAUCUUCCUAUCUCGGAAGAAUGGUCCUAGGACGUUCCUACGUAUCGCUCAUCUCGUCAUGCAACAGGCCCCAAAUCUUUGAGCCAAAUGCAACUGCGGCGCGCGCGCUGCGAGCGAUUGCAUAUCUGCGCAUGCGUUUUUGCAUGCCACGUAAAAACAAGAUUGGACGUGGAUGCAGCAGCCGUCAUCCCGUUUUUAUCACUAUAUUGACACGUCAACUAAUCACAACGGUAUUUGAUAAAAGCGUGAAUCUAGAAGCAAAUGUGGUGCCUUAACCUGGAAGUAAUUGGACAACUGACCAUGUGACCUCGUCCAUAUCACCUGUCAUGUGAAAAGCGUCAGAGGAUCCCCAAGUCCAAGAAAAUACCAACCAACCAAAGUAGUUUGGAGGAAAGGUGUAACAGUGGUUGGAGGGAAACAUAUCCCGGACCAGAAAAGAACUUUGAUACAGGCAGGGAAAUACUGAAGCGUGUACCCCUCGGGCUAUUUGGAGGUAGCCCCGAUUCUGGGGCAAGUUGUCACCGGACCUGCUGGUCACCAUAGAUCCCUCUGAAGUCAAUGUUCCCCUGUCUGGUGUAUCGGACAUAGAUCAUUACACCAAGAUGGGGCAAACUCCCUGGUCAGCGGUCAUCAACCUUAGUAACAGCAUCAUAGGGGUCAGUGUUCUGGCCAUGCCCUGGUGUUUCAAAGAGUGUGGGGUGGUUCUUGCCAUAUCUCUGCUUAUUAUUACUGGUAUCGUCAACAAGUUCAGUUGCAAUCUGCUUCUGAGAUCAAGUAAAGCUACCAGGAAAACUUCUUAUGAAACCGUUGCUCACCAUACUUUGGGUGGCAUGGGAAAACUUUCUGUAGAAGUUAGUGUAAUCUUAUUAUUGAUGUGUACAUGCAUAGCUUUCUUUGUUAUAAUCGGUGAUCUGGGCCCAUCGUUGGUGUCUAAAUUUGCAGGUAUUGAGAACACCUCAAACCUUAGAACAUUUAUUCUGCUUGGAACAGCCGUCUUCAUCAUCUUGCCUUUAGCUCAGAAGCGGAAUGUUGAGAGUCUGAGUGCUCUUAGUACGAUAUCCAUCUCCUUUUAUUUCUUCUUUGCCACGAGUGUAUUUGUUGACUGUAUUCCUAGGUUAAUUUCAUUGGAGUGGGUGAAUAAUGUAGCUUUUUGGAGACCAGCAGGCGUUCUAAAAGGAAUGUCCAUCUUCGCCUUGUCUAUGUGUUGUCAACCAACAUUAUUUCCUAUUUAUAAUUCUCUCCAAGAGAGAACCCCAAAGAUGAUGGAAGAUGUAGUAUCCAAGGGAGUCAACCUGGUUGCAUUUGUCUACAUGGUGAUUGGUUUCUUUGGGUACAUCACCUACUAUACGGAAGGUAUCAAAGGUGACAUUCUUCUAAACCAACCCCCUUCAUUGGUAUCUGAUGGGUUAAAGCUCUGCUUUGCCCUCUCUGUAGCACUCAGCUUUCCUUUGUGUGUGUUUCCAUGUCGGGCAAGCCUCUUUUCACUGAUCUCCCCAAAUGCAGAUUGUAACCCCAUCACCGGUAUGACUUACAUUCCUCCUACCAUGUUCAGAAUCAUCACAGUCGUCAUCUUAGCCAUCACACUUACCAUCGCCAUCCUUAUACCAAAUGUUGAGGUUGUAUUGAGUUUGACAGGAUCCACCAUGGGUUCGUUGGCUUGUUUUAUAUUACCAGCUCUCAUCUACCAGCAUACAGUAGGUGUACCAACAAGAUUCAUGCCAAAGGUAUUACUCAUCAUUGGCAUCUGUUUCAUGCUGUUCAGCACAUAUGACAACGUCCGCCCCGCCCCACAGGAUCCCAACAUACCCGCCCCUGUGCCGGUCUUUAAUCAACCUGACGACAUCCCAAUCAAUAAGCUUGAUGAGGUUCCAAUAGAGAAGGUGGCUGAGAAGGCAGGCGAUGGCUUGGCCAAUGUGGUAGAUAAAAUAGGAUUACAAGGAGAUGACAUAAAUAAAGAGAAGGAUAAAGAGUUAAAUGUUGCUGAUAUUAUGGCUGUUAAAGAUACAGGAGAACAAUCAAAAGAAAAAGGAGAUGAAGUGAAGAGGCAGGAACCCCCUAUUCCUCAUGCGCCUAUAGAGGGAGCUUUACCAGAUACUAAAGACAAGGCGAAUGAAGAUGUGAAAGAAAAGAAUGAAGUUCAGUUGGAGGUUCCUGACAAGAAGGUAGAAAAGGAAGAAGCAGCAGAAGAAGAAGAAGCGGUUCCCAAAGAGAAGCAUAAAAAGCACAAAGAUGAAGCUGAAGGGGAUCGAGACGAACGUGAUCUAGGUGAUGCUGAUGAUGCCAAGAAAGAUUCUAAGGAUAAAGAGAUUGCUGAAGAGACAGAAGAAAAGUUUAAGGUUCAGGAAGAAAAACAGGAAAAACAAGAGAAAAAACUUGAAGAAUUACAGGCUCGUCAAGUAAUCCAAGAGAGACUGAUCGUCAAACAGGCCGAGGAGAUCGAUCAACUCAAGAAAGAACACGAGCAAGAAAAACAAAUUGAGGAAGAUGCAGCUGCCCAGUUGGCUGCUCAGCAAGCUAUAGGGCAAGUACCACAGCAACCUGUUGUAGGUGGUGUUCAACAACAACAACCUGUGGCAGCUCAGCAAGUACCAGGUGGACAACCAGUGAUUGGGCAACCAAUAGAUGGGCAAGUCGGUGAUCAGCAAGCAGCACUCGGACAGCUUGGGGUACAACAACAACAGCAACCCUUGGCAGGGCAAGUUCCUGUACAACCUGUGGUACAAGUGGCCGGACAACUACCAGUGGUGCAACAACCUGCUGGACAAUUGCCAAUGGCACAGCAAGCAGUCGGUCAGCUUCCAGUCGCACAACAAGCGGCUGGUCAGAUUCCAGUUGCACAACAAGCGGCUGGUCAACUACCAGUUGCACAAGGGGCUGGGCAACUACCAGUUUUGCAACAAGCUGCUGGACAACUUCCUGUUGUGCAACAAGUGCCAGGUCAGCUUGCAGGGCAACAACUUCAAGGACAAUUCGCACAACAACCACUGGCAGCAGGACAGCAAGGUGUUCAGGUUGGUAUGCAACCUGUAGCAAAGAUGGUUAGCAUGUUUCCGCAAGGUGAUGGUGGCAUGGGGCAAAACUUGGCAAUACAACAACAGGGUGGAGUAGUAGGAGGGCUUCAGCAUGCUGGUGUAGAGGGCAUUAAUCAGGUAGCAGGCAUAGAAGGAGUACCACCACAACAGCAGCAACAACAACUGAUGCAGGGAGGGGUGGGACUACAAGGUAUCCAACUUGAUGGUGCUGGCAUGCAAGCUGCUGUGGGUGGUGGUGGUGGUGCAUUUGGGCAAGCUAACAUUUUACAACAAGCAAAUGUACCUCAACAGGUUCCUCUUGCUUUACAGCAGCAGCAACAAUUCUUACAACAGCCACAACAACAGCAACAACUCCUGCAACAGCCACUACAACAACAACUCCUACAGCAGCCGCCACAACAGCAACAACAGGUAUUUAUGCAGCAACAACAACCGGUUCUUGUAGAUCAACAACAGGUUCCUUUACAGCAACAGCAGGUUCCUCUACAACAGAACCAGCAACCUGCUAUGCAGGUCUUGCCCGAUGCUGAUGAUGGUUUGCAGGGUGGUGUUGCUGCCAUGGGACAGCAACCCCUACAACAACAGGGUAUGGUCCCACCAGGUGAUGGUAUGGCCAAUGCUGGAUUUGUGAAGCAGGCCCAGGGUGGGGCCAUGGUGGAUGGUGGUGUACCGCAACAGCCGCAGCACGUAGAGCCAGUGGAUAAGAUGAUUAAAUCAGUGGAUAAAGAUGCCGUUUUAGAACCUGGGAACGAUCUGAACCUGGCCGGCGUUCAACAGAGAGUCCUCAAUCAAGCCGAGGCUGAUGGAGAGAAGGAAAGCGAAAAACAAGCAAAAGAAGAAAGAGAAGAGGAGAAGCAUGGAGAGAGUGAUGGUGUGAUACAAAUCGUAGGGGAGGAGGAGAAGGAGGAUGAAGGGAACGGAGUAGGGAAUGGUGAUGCCGUCCCAAACCUGGAGGAAGUAAAGGGCGUGGCCGUUGAAGAGGAGAAGAAGGUCGAAGACCAGGAUCUAUUAAGAAUAGAAGAUAAACAAAGGGAGGGUGAUGCGGAGAGGGACAAUGAUAGAGAGAACGAAAACAAAGAGGAGGAAGAAAAUGAAGGGAACGAUAAAGCACCUGAAGAUGAAUCAGAACAUGAAGCCCAGAUUGAGAAGGUGGAAGAUAAACUCUUGGAGAACCAUUUGAAGAUGGUUGAGGAUAAAGAGGAAGAGUUUGCUGAUCAGGAGGAUGUUUUUGACGUCAAAGAGAAGGAUGAGGAUGAUGAGGGCAAGGUCAAGAUGAAUCAGGAACAAAACGAUCUCGCUAAGGAUAAGAAGAAAAUUCGAAGUAGAGAGGAAGUCUAGGCAGACAGAGGAUAAAAUAUGAAGAUAUUAACCACUCUAAUCAGGGACCAAAUAUGCAGCUGUGUGACCUUCAGAUAGCAAACUAUUCACCAAGAAGAAUAACAAAAUCCUUACUUCUAUUUUUCUAUUCAAAUUUAUUAUUUUUGUUUUUAAUGGAAAUGUAUAUUGCUUGGCAGCAUUUUGCUUUUUAUUUGUCUCUCAUUGAGUUAAGUUUUCAAUUUCAAUUUCUAUUUCAUUUUCAAUUUCAAUUUUAUUAUUUUAUGCCCACAUUUCUGUAACUGCACUGAGUGUGAAAUUUUGUAAAAUAAUGUAAUACAUGUAAAAAGUUGUUGAUUCUGAUAUGACAACAUUCCCGCUGACCCAGGCAUGCGAAUAAAUUUUGAUUGAAAUGUUUUAUGAUUCAAGUGCCAUAUCAGAAGAAUGAUACUGUUUGCAAUUUUUGUGAUGAUAGAAGUUUCCAUGAUUUUGUUUUUUAAUUUUUCCCAGGUGGAAGAAUAAGUGCACUUUUAUAAACAAAAAUCAUGCGGCAAUUUUAUCAUAAUUUCUUUGAAUUGCCAAUUCUACGUUUUGCACUAUAUGUUAACUUGCACAUUCUAUUAUAUAAGAUGAUGAAAUGGAUCCCAGUUGAGUUGAUUGAUUGAGUGCACCCAUAUGACUAGGCAUUCCUAACAAGUUAAUUUACUGAUGACCAGUAAUGAGGGGUUGUUAGUAGAAUCUGAUGACUGGUCUUGAUAUUGAGAUGAGGAUGAUGGCUUCACUGAGGGGUUGUUAGUAGAAUCUAAUGACUGGUCUUGAUUUUGAGAUGAGGAUGAUGGCUUCACUUAUAACAAGGAUCCACACUUAAUACUGUCUUAUAAAACAAAUAAUGCACGCCAUUUUGCUUGGGAAUUAAUGUAAUAAUCCACAUUCAUUACUUCUCAAAUGAUCCAAGCAAUUACAUAAGUUACAUUGUGCGUAUAAUUUUACCAGUGCCCUCGCUGAUGGGUGAUAUUUGUUUACUAAGUAAUCUAGAUUGUGUCAACCUUUUUUCAAAUUUCGAUAUGAAUGAAUGUACAAUAAUUCAAUCAAGAAAUUGUAUGAAUUGUGGAAUGGAUGAUUUAAUAUUCAGAUUUCUCAUUUGAAGAAAAUGUAUGUUUGCUUCUUUCAGAUAAUAAUAUAUAUUUUUUUAUUUAAUCAAGUACUAAUGAGUAGCUAAAGUAUCAAACGAAGAAUGUCAAUGUAAUGGGUGUUAUAACAUUCAGGCGCGGAUCCAGGGGGGCCAUUUGAAAAAAACAAAUUACAAUUUUUAAUGCAAAAAGCCCCUUUUUUGUGUGUCAAAAUUUACCUCCGGAAAAUUUGCCCCCCCCCCUUUUGGAAAAUCCUGGAUCCACCCCUGAUAACAUUCAUUUUAAGGUGAAAGCUGAAAUCAGGGGCAGUGCUACAUAUGGGUACCCCCCCCCCUUCCUAUGAAUUUUGAAGUAGUGAGGAAAGAGAGGAUAAAAGAGAAAGAAAGGAGAAAAGAUGUAGCUUUAGAAAAGAGAAACCUGGGUCGUGUCACUCUUUGAUAUCCCUCUUAUUCAAUUGAAGAGAAGAAAAUUUCUUUCCAAGUCACCUUAAGGUUCUCUUGCUCCCCUCCCCCCGCAUCCAAUAACCGGUACUGGGGGUCCACUUCAAUUGACGAGUGGAUACCAUGCGCGACCAUGGGGUCUCGAAAAGCACCCUAUACACGUAUUUUCCAUAUUCUGAAAAUGCACCCAUUAACAAAUAUUGGCGUGUGAAACCCUACCCUUAACAAGUAUUGAAAACAAAACGAUACUCUUGACAUGUAUUCCCUGAAUUGACCCCCUAAACAAGUACAGCGAUAUUUUUAUUGUUAUGUCACGGUCGUCGGUUUUACCUUUACCUACAUCAUUGGGUUUAGUACAGCCCCACAUCUCGCGCAAAUCGUACUCUAAACACGUAGUGUUGACAGUUGAGGCAAAAAGUACAUCCUUUAUAAAACAUUUACUCUUAAUUUUUUACACCUUCGCAAAUUUGACCCUAAACACGUAGCUUUCCUAGCGAAAAUAGAUACCCUUUUUUCAUUAUAUUAGUGUUUUUGACACCCUUAUUACGUUACGUACGUAACGUGCCCUAUCUUGAAAGAGACAUCCUUUUUACGUGUUUUUUUUUGGUCGCCCAUGGUAUCCACUCGCCAAUGUAAGUGGCCCCCGGGGCCGGUACUGCCUCUUCUGAAAUGAUUGUUUGCCCAACUAAAAAUGAAGGGAAAAAUGAAUAGAUUUAACAUGUGUAAAUAAUAAAUAUAUGAUACUUGUACUGUUCAAAAACAUAUUUUAGCUCAUAAAACAAUUCUUAUUGCCUUUUAUAAGUCUUCCUGUUGUUGAAUUUUGUGUCUUUGCAAUAUAUUUUUAUAUACUGUUAUGUGUGCCUGUAAUUUCUAAGUAUCUAGUGUAUUUUUAAAUUUGUUUGGAUAUGCUUAUAUGUAAAUAUUAAAGUCUACAAUCUUUCUCUAGUCUUGUUGAACAUCCAUAUACAACUGAUGUCAUGUAAGGUUCAUUGUAUAACCAACUGAUUAUGAUUAGGCCUGUAGCCAGGGUUUUCAAGUUGGUAGUUCGAUCCUCUCUCUUUUCUCCUCUCCUACUUUUCCUCCCAAUUUUUCUUGCUUUUGGAAAAUUUCAGGGAGUUCAAUCGAAUCCCCUGCACCCCCUGGCUAUGGGCUUGAUCAUGACAUAUUCAGACUCAAGGUCUGAAUUCAUUUGAAUCCAUGAUUUUGAACCAUGGCUUAUGCAAAAGUCGGGCCAUUAAUGAGUGGCACCUGUGGUUACAGCACACUAACGAGCCAACUGUUUUGAGUCCACUCUUGUUUUGUUAAGUUAUUAUUUUUUUUGCAGAAGUUUUUGCUUUGAUUCAACCUGGUAAUGAAUCUGCACUAAAUUGGCACCCGUUACGAACUGAAGGUUACAGCAUUAAUGAGCCUAUAGUUUUUGUCCACUCCUGUUUAGUGAAGUUAUUUGUUUAUGCAGAAGUUUUUUUCUUUCAUUUAGUCAGCUAAUGAAUGUUCACUAAACUGGCAUUUGUUACUAACUGAUGGUUACAUUGUCAGUGAGCCCACUGUUUUUGUCCACUCUUGUUAAGUUCUUUUUAUGCAAAAAGUUUUUGCUUUGAUUCAGUCAGGUAAUGAACGCUGACACUUGUUACUAAUGGAAGGUUACAUCAUUAAUGAGCCCACUGUUUUUUUGUUAAUUUUUACAUUAACAGCAGACUCAAUAAUACAGUAACCUUAGUAUAAAACUCGUGUCAAUUUAGCAUGCUGUGAUUAAACGUGGUCAUUCAUUAUUCUCAAAUAUACACACUAUUAUAUUGAGCGUAAUUGUGGAUGAAAUCUUCAUAAGCCAUGGUUUGAGAACAGGGUCCUGUUUCAUAAAACAAUGUCAUAAUAACAAAUGAACAACUUCUAUAACAAGUUUAUUAUCAGCCAAUCAAAUUGAAGGAUUUCAGUAGCUUUAAACUGUUAAUUCAAAUUUGUUAUAAUAAAAAGUUUUAUGAAAUGGGUACCAGAGGCCCAUUUCAUAAAACUUGUUACAAUAACAAAUUUGAAUUAACAGUUUUAAGCUACCAAUUUGAUUGGCUGAUAGCGAACUUGUUAUAGAAAUUGGGUAUUUGUUAUUAUAACAAUUCUUUAUGAAACUGACACCAGAGGGAUCAAAACCACAUUUGUGAAUUUGGGCCAAAAUGAUAGCUGUUUGAUCACUUGUUUAUUUAGUAAACUACAAUAACAACAACAACAAAAGAGGUGACCAACUUUGUUUUUUUGUAAAGAAA